UUAUCAUUAUUGUUCCAAGAAUGGGAAAACUUCAUAAUCAAAAACCGAAGCCGGCACCACCAGACCACCUGCGGUGUGGGCACUCCCUCUUUCAAGUUUCAACUGUCUGUUGAUUCUCUUCGGGCGCGCGCACUCGUCCCGAAUGCUGCGGAUUCAUGUUCUUUUCCUUGAGAGACACUAUGAUCGAGAAGGUAUUUAUGCGCCGACCACUUCACGGGCUAUCCAAAAGUUCAACUCUUCCUCUGUCCUUCAUCCUUUGGCGAAACCCUCUAGUACAUUUCUCUUCUUCUGAGUCCAGCGACCCGCAAUCUCAGAUGCGAAACAGAGAACAAGAGCGUUCUAGUUCCGGUUACUUUAUUGGGUCCCCUGCUCGGGUCCAGAAGCUCAUAGCCUCUCAAUCAGACCCCCUCCUUGCAAAAGAAAUCUUUGACUUUGCCUCUCGUCAACCGGAUUUCUGCCUCUCUUAUGCUUCCUUUCAAAUUUUAAUCCUCAAACUGGCCCGUGCAAAGCAGUUCACCCUCGUUGAUGAUGUUAUCAUUUGCCUUAAAUCCAGUUGUCACUCUAUCACUCCUUCUCUCUUUUUGAACCUUAUAAAGAUCUAUGCGGAUGCGGAUAUUCCUGAUAAAGCCCUUAAGAUCUUCUACACUAUGCUUGAGUUCAACUGUAAGCCUUCUCCCAAACACCUAAACCACAUUCUUGAGGCACUCGUUUCUCACCGGAACUAUAUCCGCCCAGCUUUUGAUCUCUUCAAGAUUGCUCACAGACAUGGGGUCUUGCCAAAUACUAAGUCGUACAACAUAUUAAUGCGCGCGUUUUGUUUAAAUGGUGAUCUUAGUAUUGCCUACUCUUUGUUCAAUCAAAUGUUUAAGAGAGACCUUUUUCCAGAUGUGGAGUCGUAUAGAAUUUUGAUGCAGGGGUUGUGCAGGAAAAGUCAAGUUAAUACAGCAGUUGACUUGUUGGAGGAUAUGCUCAAUAAGGGCUUUGUCCCUGAUGCCUUGAGUUAUACUACCUUGUUGAAUGCUUUAUGCAGGAGAAAGAAGCUUAGGGAGGCCUACAAGCUUCUUUGUAGGAUGAAAGUCAAGGGCUGCAACCCUGAUAUUGUACAUUACAAUACAGUUAUAUUAGGGUUUUGCAGGGAAGGGCGUGCAGCUGAUGCUUGUAAAAUACUUGAAGACAUGCCAUCAAAUGGCUGCAUGCCGAAUUUGGUGUCUUAUCGCACAUUGGUUGGUGGGUUAUGUGAUCAAGGAAUGCAUGAUGAGGCAAAGACUUAUGUGGUGGAGAUGGUAUCAAAGGGUUUUUCUCCGCAUGUCUCAGUUUCCCAUGGCUUGAUUAAAGGCUUCUGCAAUGUUGGUAAGAUUGAAGAAGCUUGUGGAGUAGUUGAGCUGCUGCUAAAGAAUGGGGAAGCACCUCACAGCGAUACCUGGCUCAUAAUUUUAGACAUGAUAUGUGAGGAAAAUGAUAAGGUGAGAACCCAAAAUGCUUUACAAGAUCUUUUGAGGAUAGAGAUAACACGCCACACAAGAAUAGUUGAUGCUGCUGCCUAUUUGGAGGGUUAUGUGAUUGGGAAGAUACGAGCUAAAUCAAGGAGACGGUGAAUGUUCUGGUACACUAUCCAUCAAUUUAUAUAUGAGAUGAUAUCUGGUGGAACCCUAUUCUUCCAAAGCCAAGCUUGCUGUCAAGAUUUUUUACCUGGUUGAACAGGCAGACAAUGUUUUCAGAUUUAGACUGGAAUGGCUAGUUCAAACAGGUGAACCGACGUCUUUAUCAUCAACCCUCUGUUGUCAAAACUCAGAUUGAACCUAACAAUGAUAGACGGAGCCUGAUUCAGUUGGGUCUUGUGUGAAGGUGAAAGAUGCAUGUUAAGGUUAUCUCAAAUCCCACACUCUCUAGGAAGUUGCUGAAGGUGCCUCAUCAAUCCAAUUUAUGUCCUGGUUGAAGUAUAUAUCAGCCUUGCUUGUUUGAGUUUAUUUUGUCCUUGUCUCAACAUUACAAAAAAAUAAAUAAAUUAGUGUUUCUUUUUACUCACAGACAAUGCCAUCCUUUUUUUCGAGUCUGUCCAAGCAAUCACUUCAUUGUCUAAGUGGGUACGUUAAUAAAUAAUGCUAAAGAUAGGAACACUAGUGUCGAUACUAUCUCUUUUCAUUAUAUAAUAGAUGGGCAGAUUGAGAGCAGCGGAACAAAAUCUUUACCUCGUUGUAUGAAUGCAUUCUGAUAGCUCGAGUGAGCGGUAAGUUGUGUUGCCAAUUACGAAGAGUACAUUUAUAGAUUUUGUCAAAAUAGGAGAUGACUUACGAGUUGCCAAUUGAUGUACUCAUGAUCAGACUAGGUGAACUGGUUGACUCACCAACUGGAUCCCCUCCAGUAUUUUUCGCUCCUAUCCUAGUUUUGAGCACAGUGGCAUAAAUUUAAUUUUGCAUCUUUGCCUUUAACUAUUUUGUUUAUGCUUUUGAGUCUCCACAUAGCUAAGACUAGAAGAGAGAACUAGUAAAAUCUUUGACAGUGUUCCUAAUUUAUGUACUUUGUGCUUUUCAGGUGGGUCUUGGUUUCACCAUCUUAGUUUAGUUUGAAGUAGGUAAAAUCUUGCCCUUCCAAUAUGGUUC